AUGUCUACUGAGAGCAACGCUGAAGCCAGCGGCUCAACACUACGUCACUAUCGGGAGCGCGCUCUGUCCUCAGCCAGUUUAGCAUCUUCAGGCGACGUGGAUGAUUUGCCAGACGCAUCCAGCGCGUCAGCGCGUCCCAAGUUGACGCGCAAACGCUUCAGCGAGUCGCAGGUUGCACGGAUGGAGGAGCUCUACAACUUGACCACACAUCCGAGUCGUGCAAGACGCGAACAAUUGGCCCGAAAUAUUGACAUGGAAGCUAAACAAGUGACCGUCUGGUUUCAGAACAGGCGCCAGGCAGAUCGCAAGGUUGAACGCAACGAGUUUUUUGAGGCAAUACCGCUCCCCGACGCAGACGAACGGCCCGACGGUCCACGCAGACGCGUCACUCUGCGUCCGCUACACGCUCAUAUGAGCUCCACCGCCUCGACUUCGGCAUUGAGUCUUGAUGCCAUUGCCACGCGAGAAGAGAGGAGAACGGCGUACCCGGCCUCCUCAAAUAUGAACGAGGGGGAUGUGCCGCCUGUAGCACGCCCUGGCACGUUGGAAUGGGCUUGCGCCCAAGAGCGCGUCGCGCAUCGCCUCGGAGAGCGACCGCCUGUGUAUGCACGCCCUCGCCGCGUGAACUUCACUGCCACGACUUCUCAUCGUGACGCGAUGAACGGCGUAGAAGGUGUUGAUCCCGAGGAGCAACAACCAGCGCAUACGCAUACGCAUACUGUCGCUCAAGACACAGUUCAGGCAGAUCCAGGAGAUCAAGAUGGAGCUGGGGAUACGGACGUGGGGGAGGAGACGGAAGAUGAAGCGCAUGAGGCUAUCACACCUGCCGGUUCACUCCUAGCCGAUGCUUUUAAGGCUGCCGGCGUGUAUACAGGGAAGGGCAAUGGCGAAAAGCCCAUGCGGAAGGACGACGACGAGCUCAUGAGUGCAGCAGUCGUACUAGCGAGCCUAGGGCGGCACACAUAA